AUGACCUCACUCGUCCUAAAUCACUAUUCGCAGGAGGAAGUCAGCCGACUUUUCAAUCUUUCGUCUCCACGAGACCUAUUUCACCAGCGCACGCCGGCGCUGGCCGACGGAGACGUGAAACAGAAGGUGGAGGAGAUACGCUCUUACGUGCAUAGCACUAUGGAACUGUAUGAGAGGGUUUUUGAAUGCCUCUCGUCGGAGGAAGCGUUUUUCGUUCAACCGAUCCACAAGCUUCGCCACCCCUUAAUUUUUUACUACGGCCACACUGCCUGCUUCUACAUAAAUAAGUUGUGCGCCGCUGGACUCUCCAUGCGAAUUCGCCCACACCUUGAGGAGGCGUUUGCAGUUGGUGUGGAUGAGAUGAGCUGGGAUGAUCUUAACGAAGAGCACUAUAACUGGCCAACAGUGGAGGAAGUUGUAGAGUACCGCCGUGCUGUCCGUAAGCACGUGGAUGGCAUGAUGACAAGUGGCAAAUUUGAACUGACCCUUCCCUUGACAUUUGCUGGAAGCACAGAGAACGCUGACAGUUCAUUUUGGUGGUUAAUGUUGAUGUGUGCUGAGCACGAGCGCAUCCACGUCGAAACCGCCUCCGUUCACGUGCGAGAACUUCCCAUGCGUUAUGUGAGGCCGUCUAUGGAUCAGUUCUGGAAGCCGUGUGGGGAGGCAGGUUGCGAAGCCCCGGCAAACGAGCUGGUGGAUGUAGCCGGGGGACGGGUAGCCGUCGGACGUGCGCCUAACUCUGAGCUAUACGGUUGGGAUUGCGACUACUCUGACGGAAAUUAUGUGCUUAAUGUUGCACCGUUCAAGGCGAGUAAGUACUUAGUGUCUAACGCGGAGUUCUUUACCUUUGUUGUUGCAGGUGGUUACGCUACGCAACGCUACUGGGAUGAGGAAGGGUGGAACUGGGUCCAGUGGAGGAAACCUGAGUGUCCCUGGUUCUGGGUUCGCGAUGAGAACCGACCCAAGGGUUAUGCGCUUCGACUUCAAACGACGCUUAUUGACUUGCCGUGGAGCUGGCCAUGUGAGAUUAACAAUCUUGAGGCUCGGGCGUUUUGUAACUUUAAAAGUGAGCAAACUGGGAAGAAAAUUCGUAUGCCUACAGAAGCUGAAUGGCUGAUUCUUUGGGACCGGUACGUCGGCAAAGAUCAAAUGUUGUGGGAUGUAGCGCCGGGGAAUGUUAACAUGGAACACUUCCAAAGUAGUUGCCCUGUCGAUAAGUUUGCUCACGGUCCAUUUUUCGAUAUAGUUGGAAACGUGUGGCAGCACUGUGAAACACCAGUAUACCCGUAUCCUGGUUACCAGGUGCAUCCAUUCUACGAUGAUUUUUCUAUGCCUACCUUUGAUGGUCGCCAUGCGUGUAUGAAAGGCGGGGCAUGGGUUAGUACGGGGAACGAGGCUACACGCGAUGCUCGCUUCGCCUUUCGCCGCCAUUUCUUCCAAUACAUCGGACUUCGAUACGUGGAAGGUGAACCGGUGCAAGAGGGGUUUCUCAACUUGAAUUCGUUGGGGCUUGAUCCCAUGGUGGAUGCCAUUACGGAUGCCAACUACCGUCCUUCGUUUAAUGACAUCCCUAAUGGUUUCGUACAGAUAGCAGAAUUUGUUAUGAACCAGUUCAGGUGUUGUGCUAGGACAGGGCCGAAGCGUGCCCUUGAUUUUGCGUGUGGGGCUGGACGGAUAGCAUUUGAGCUGACGUCAAUGUUUGAUCAAGUGGUUGGGUCGGAUUUUUCUGCCCGAUUGCUCAUUCCCGCCUACGCUAUCAGUGAGCGCGGAAGCUACACAUAUAGUAUUGUGAACUCUUCUACGUCGAGACGUGUAGAACAAACCUUCAAGUCGCUGGGGUACCCGUGGGAUGCAACCCGAGGGCGCGCUGUUUUUUUUCAAGCAGAUCCUACGAACCUACACUCCCACAUGAAAGAUUUCUCGUUGAUCUUGUGCUGGAACACGCUGGAUAGGAGCUACAACCCCACCGCUGUUCCGUCGCAUAUGGUUGACAGGCUUGUGGUGGGUGGUUUGAUUGUCUUCGGGCUUGAUGGAGUGACUGAUGAAGUCAACGAAGGAAAGAGGGAGCAGGGGGGUGAGGAAACACCCAAGCAGGUCGUCUUCUCAGAAAACGAGAUCUAUCAUCUGUUGGGCGGAGAAAACGUGGUGGACCGCGUCGGAGACCCAACACAACUGACGGUUGCGUUUCCUGCGUCAGACUCUACAGCAACUUUCAGAAAAGUUCGGCUGUCCGUCUACCGAAAGAAAUAA